AUGAACAAUAUUGGAAGUACUAUUGAAAAAUAUAUAUUACAACAAGAAUACUUGAGACAGUAUGAAAAAUUAUAUGACAAUGUUGAUAGAAUUAGUUUUUUAUAUAAUGAAACUCGAAGAUGGGCAAAAUCCGAAGAGAAAAAUAAAACAUGGGAUCUUCAAAGCAGAACUAGUCAGAUGAUAUCUCUUGAUUCUGAUUAUCCUCAAUCAGUCUUGUUUACCUUGAGAAAAUUUUUUUUUCCAAUAAAGAAGAUUGAAUGUGACGAGGAUCAGAUAACGCCACAUCAUGAAUUAUUUUUAUUAUAUAAACAAAUUAUUUAUACAGAAGUUCAAAGCAUGGCUGCAAUGGCUUUUGCAUAUAUGUGGAGACAUGAAAAUAAUAAGGCUAUUAAUGAAUUGAAUAAAGUAAAAAUGGAAAGAAUAAAAAGUAUCAUUGAAUACACCAGUUUGUUUAGAAAUAAAAUGAAAUUUGCUAGAAAUUUCAUUCGACGAUGUGAUGAAAAUUACAAAAAAAAUGAAACCAAGAUAGAUCAUAAAACAUAUGCUGCUUUCGAUAAUGUAUUCUACAAAAUUGUACUCUUUAGAGAACAUUUUGAGCCAACUGAUACAAUUACCGAAUGGGAAAUACCAGAUCCUUUUCGAAUGUGUCAAAUACAUAAUGAUUGCCGUGACAGUAAUCAUAGAUAUGAUAAAAUUUGUCCUGGUUUGAUUAAGAAUUGUCAAAGAGCAUUGACUAUCGAGUAUUGUCAACGAAACGGAGAAGAUCAAACAAGUACCAAAAAAUAUUAUUGGAUGAUAGUUAGAAAUUUAGAAAAAUCCAUGAACUUUGGUGAUAUAAAUCAUCCAUGCGAGCCAUUUUCAUUCCAUAGAAAGAAUAUUUUUCAUACAGAUUACAUUAAAAAUAUUCAAAUUCCUGUUUAUUGUGAUUGCAUUGAUGAUAGUAUUUACACUCGAAACGAUACAAUCCGAGCUUUCAGUUUGUUAUGGUCACAAACGAGUGAUAACAUGGUAGCAACUGGUGCAAGACUUGUUGCAAAAGAUCGUAUGAUUCAUAUUCAGCUUCGUGAAGGUAAACUUUUGCCUUAUGGAGGAAUUGAUAAAAAAACUGAGAGAUGGAUACCACUACCAACCUUUGAAUCAUAUGAAAAUUUUCCUAAGGUGGCAAUUGAUUCAAAUGGCAAGCGACAUUCAUUGAGCGAAAAUAUAGAUUUUGUUUCUAUACAUCAUCUGUAUGCAAGAACGAUAUGUUUACAAAAACUGACUCUUGCUGAAAAGCAUUUAUUGACGGGGGUGAGGUUCAACUAUGAGUAUCUCGAUAAAGACUUAGAAAGAUGUUUCAAGUUUGAAGUAAAAUAUGUUGGUUUUAAUUAUCAACAUGGAAACAUAACAUCUACAAGAAAAUAUAAAAAACAAUCAUGCAAAAAGCUACCUGAAUUGAUUUUAAAUAAUCCAGAUGAUCCACUCAAAUUUAAUACACAUCCACAUGAUUCUAAGGAAAAUCAACUUAUUAAAAUCAGAGCAUCAGACUUGAUUAAGGAUGCAUCACAAUCAACUAUUCCAUUUUUCGAUCUUUUAGAAAUUGCACCUGAAACAAGCCUACCAAUUACUGGGAUUGAAUUAUUUCACAAAGGACAGAUUGAUGGUACAUCUGGUGGAUAUAUUUCUUUGAAAUUAUAUCCAAUAAAUUUAACUAUGUAUAUGAAUCCACCAUUACUUCCCGAUACUUUAAAUAUUCACAACAUAACAAUCCCUGAAUUUGGAUAA